GAUCUACAAGUGAUCAGUCUCAUAUUGGCAUAUGUACAUCCUGUGCGGACUGCUUUGAUAUUGCUUUAGAUCAUAUGCAUUAUAAGCAAAGAUGGAUAAUGGCUAACGAAAGGUACUGUGUUCCAGUCCCAGAGUGAACAUCAACUCUAUGAUUGCAGAUUAAAUAAUGGCAAACAUACUAUUUACACUUGUAUUGUUUUCUGUGAACGUUAUAGUUGGGAUAGUUGGAUUAGCCUUAGCUAUACUUGGUGGUUUAAUGACCUUUUCAAAAUCUGCAACUACACGAACAUUUGGUGAAAUAUGGGGUAGAUAUCUUGAGAAAAUGAAUUUAUCAAAUUCAUCCAUUGAACAAACUAUUGCUGAUGCCACAUUAAAAAUGAGUGGUCAUUACAGUCGACCUAUAUUUGCUAUUGGUUUGAUUAUACUUAUAAUUUGUAUCGCUGGAAUUUUGGGAUCAUGUUGUAAAAGUUCAUUAUGUUUAAAAAUUUACAUUACAGCCAUUUCUAUCAUCAUUAUUACACAUAUCAUUAUAUUGAUCGUUUAUUUUGCAAGAAAACAAGUCCCUCAUACAUUCCUCAUUCAGUUUUUGAAUUAUUCAAUUCAUGAUUAUAUAAGUAUUUCCAGUGGUGAUCCGAAUAGUAUCUUAAUGGGUCUUAUCAUGAUGAAGUUAAAUUGUUGUGGAGCCCGAAAUGGAAGUGAUUUUUACCACCCAGUUAAAUUUAACAGGACGGAUGUUUGGAAUGGUGUAACAUAUACACAUUUGAGAUAUCCAUUACCAUGUUGUCAAUUUAAAGAUAAUCUUGAAAUACAAGGUGAUACAUGUCCUAACAGUUUUAGAAAUUCCAAUAUACAUAAUGGAUGCUUGAAACCAUUACAUCAACUUUUAACAUAUUACGUUGAUAUAGCAGCGUAUAUCUCAUUCAUACUUUUAUUAUGUGAAAUCAUAAUACUCCUAAUGGCUGUAUUGAUAAAUAAAAAGAGAUAAUAACUGGAUAAAAACUAUCAACAAGUGGAUACGUAUUUAAUGAUAACUUCAUGUAAUUAUCUCAUCGUUAAAGGAUGAUAUAAUCAACAACAACACCAGCAACAAAACAAAUAAAAUCAAUCUUAUAUUGUUCAUCUUUUGUUACUAACACGUUUUUGUUUGGUUUGUCUUUUUUCUGAUUCAUAAUUCUUGCUCAAUUGAUCGAAUAUAUGAUAUAACGUUAGAGACUGUCUUGUACACUUUAAACAUUGAACAUUUUAAUUUAGUAACAAUAAAUCGAUUUAUUCAUCUUAUUAGUUCUCAUAAAUAUAAACCUCUUCAAUAUUGUUUUUCUGGGUGUUUUUGUUCCCCUUUCAAAAGAAUUGACAAUGAUAAUAUUGAUCUAUUGAUGAAUUUUUUAACCAGUAUGUAAUAGUAACAAUAAUUUACAAUGAAAAUUCACUUAAAAUGUUGUGUAUAAAAUUACAAUAUAAACCAAUAUAUAAUUCUACUAGGGUU